GGUUCGGCAUUGCAAAACCCCAAAGAGAUUAUAUAUAAAAAAUUUAAAAAUCCUAAAAAAAAGAAUAUUAAAAAAAAGACAAAUUCUGUUGCUAAUGGUAACAUCAACUAGUUUUAUUUCUAACAAAUAUUUCGUAUAUAUUUAUAAUAUAUUUAGUAUACGAUUUGACGUGAACUUUCUGACAUAAUAGUUUAAAUCAUAUCAUGAAUUUUUCUAGCGGAAUAUCAUUUUUAAAUGCCUUCAAGGUAUGCAGUGUUAGUCUUUUUGACAAGUGGAAGAACCAAUAUACGAGUACUCCACAAUAUACUCAACAACCACCAAAAAAAAUAGAGCAUCAUACCAGAAUUGUCAAGCCUGGGACAGUCGUAGGUUUUUGUAACCCACUGUUAGACAUGACUGUGGUAGGCAAUGCAAAUAUAUUAAAAAAAUAUGAUCUAAAGAACAAUGAUGCAAUAUUGGCAGGGGAAAAACAAAUGGGAAUAUACGAAGAAAUAGAAAAAGAUCCGAACGUGCAAUACACUGCUGGAGGUUCCGGUCAAAAUUCAUUGAGAUUCGUUCAGUGGAUAUUGAAAAAACCAAACUCUGCUGCGUUUUUUGGCGCAGUCGGAGAAGAUCGCUACAGCAAAAUAUUAGAACGCGAGGCGAUCAGUGAUGGAUUGGACGUAAAGUACCAGUACCAUGCUGAUAAGUCCACAGGAACAUGUGCUGUUAUAAUAACGAACGGUGGAAAGGAUAGAUCGCUGUGUGCAAAUUUGUCGGCAUCGAGGUAUUACACAGAUGACCAAUUGGAAAUACCCGAAAAUAAAAAGAUCAUUGAAAACGCAAGGUUUUACUUAGUGACUGGGUUUUUCUUAGUAUCACAUUUAAGCACAGUAGAAAAAAUCGCAAGAAUCGCUGAUAAAAGGAAUUGUCCAUUACUGUUUAAUAUGAGUGCAGCAUAUAUCUUUGAAUCGUACAUGGAUUCAGUGAUGGCUGUCUUACCAUACGUAAAUAUUAUGAUUGGAAGUACUGAAGAAGCCAAAGCAUUUGCCCUUGCGAAUAAGUGGGAUACGACAGAUAUGGAGAGAGUCGCACGCAAGAUGAGCACUUUUAAGGUCAAAAAAGACGGUUAUCGCUUAGUUAUUUUAACUCAAGCCGAUAAACCAGUAAUCGUAGCUAUGAAGGAUCUUGUUUCAACAUUUAAUGUGCCGGAAAUAUCUGAGGAAGAUAUUGUAGACACAAAUGGAGCUGGCGAUGCCUUCGUUGGUGCAUUUAUCGCUAAAUAUGUUUUGGGCUUUCCAUUGAAGAGCUGCAUUCAGGCAGGAAUCAAUGCGGGGUGUUAUAUUAUAAAACAACACGGAAUGACGAAAGGAGAUACGUUCGAUGAUUUUUAAGAAAAGAAAAACUUCAGAGAAAAAACCGGGCUCUCCAUUUACAGAUGAAGUCCAAGAUCGUAGUGCUGUUGGUUGAGGAAGUUUAAAUAUUGUGCUAAAAAAUAAAUUGUAUUCAAAAUAAUAUAAAAAUUAUUUAAUAUAAUGAAUUUUCAAAAUGUAUACUAACCGACAGUACUUGUAAGCAUUUGAAGAAUAAUAAUUUAAGCUGAUUCUUGAAAAUUUCACGAGACAUGCCAUCAAAAUCUUCUAAUACAACAUUAUAACCAUUUUCUUCAAUUAAUCCUUUCUCUUUUAUACUUUGUAAAAGUUCUUUUAAGUUAUUAACUUUUGUUUUUGGUCUAAGUACUCUUUUUUGUAAUGUUUUAAACUUUGUUUUGUUUUUUUUUGGUUUUUGGAGUAAUAGCUGAGUUUUUGGGUCUUCCUAAUUUGGGUGUUCUAUAUGAUGGUCUCUUAGGUGUAAUUUGAAGUUCUGAAAAUAAUACAGUUUAAUCAUUGUGUGUUUUUUUAUGAAGACCGUCGUCUCCGUCGUGAAAACGGCUUUUCUUCGUGUCGCGCCCUCGCGAUUUAUUGUUGGCCGUCAAUGUCCAAGAACGUUUCGUUAUACAUUAACUUUUGUUCCGUCGUCGUCCCUCCGCUGUAGGUGCAUAUUACGACCUAUCGUCGUGCACGGCCAUAUUAUGUGUUUUGGUUCUCGCGCGUCCGUUCGCCGUUCGUACCUUGUACACAGUGUAAAUACGCCAACCGUGGCGUAUUCAAUUUUCGUUGAUUGUUUCUCAUUGUUUUGUACAGCUACCUACGCCAGCGACAACACACCUCAUCGAUUUCAUGUCAUACAAAACCUUAUAAUUCUUUGUUUUUUUAUUUGCGUAUCGCUGCGAUAAUGUAUAUUAUUAUUAUUUUAGAUGUUAUUGUUAGUGUUGAUCGAUCUGUGAUCGUUACCGUUUAAUCGUAAUACAUUAAGAAUUUCCAUUCACUACAUCUUUAAUAAAUUCUAUUUUAUAUGUAGAACCGGGUAAAAAAAUAGCAUAACGCUGUAAUUUAUUUGCUGACAUAUUAUGAGAGAUUCCUUUCUUUUUAUUAAAGUAAA